UAUUUAUUUAUUAAAUACUAUAAGAUACUACAAUUAAUUAAUGUAUUAUUGGGGGAAAUAAAAAGUUUCCAAUAAGCACCAACCAAGCCAAGCCCUAGUUUUGUUUACGUCCGACUCCUCUCCUUCUCUCCCAAACGUUCCCAAUUUUUUCCUGCUAAUCACGAGACAAAAAUCAUCCUAACCUGGUUGAAUUAGCUCCAUAUAUAUCUCUCAAAACCCUAAUCAGGAAGAUGAGCAGUAGCGGAAGCCCUAGCAGCAGCGGUGGAGGUGGACCGUGUGGCGCCUGUAAGUUCUUGAGACGGAAGUGCGUUCCCGGCUGCAUAUUCGCACCCUAUUUCGACUCUGAUCAAGGAGCGGCGCACUUCGCGGCGGUUCAUAAGGUGUUCGGAGCGAGCAACGUUUCAAAACUCCUCCACCAUAUUCCCGAGCAUAAACGGGCAGACGCCGUCGUUUCAAUCUGUUUCGAGGCUCAGUCUCGUCUCCGAGACCCUAUCUACGGCUGCGUCUCCCACAUCGUCUCUCUUCAGCAACAGGUGGUGAGUUUGCAAAAUGAGCUUUCAUAUGUACAAGCACAUUUAGCAACUCUAGAGCUGCCACAGCCACCGCCGGCCACGGUGACGUCUUCUGGAUCUCUGCCGCCUCUUUCCAUAUCAGACCUGCCCACAAUAACACCGUCGAUGUACGACCUCUCCCCAAUCUUGGAGCCGAUAUCAUCCACGUGGCCCAUGCAGCAACAACCUCGACCGUCGGAUCAUCUCUUCGGUGUCUCGCAAUCGUCCAGUAUCGGAGGAGGCGGCGAGUUCCAAGCUAUUGCACGUGAGUUUCUUCACGGUGGGCAGAUGUCAGCUCAUCAGCCGCCGCCGGAGACCGGUGGUUCUGCCCCAACAGUGAUAAAAAGAGAAUGAUGCUUAUAUUUUAUAUAUAUAUAUAUGUUGGUUCAGUUUUGGACCUUAUGAGAUCUAUAAUUAGCCAUAUGCUCCUCUUUGUUAUAUGUAUUUAUAAUACUUGGUCGAAGAAUUCACAUUUUAAUUUUUGGCUAUAAUGUUAACUAGACCCUGAGCGCGGAUAUGAAUUUUCAGUUUUUAAUUAUUUAUUUUAUUAAAUGAUGUAAUUGUAAUAUUUGUUCAUAUUAUAUUCAUUAAGUAAAUAUUUGUUUUUUGCA